AUGAAAUUUGUGCAUUUUGAGACCUAUGCUUCAAAGUACUUGGCCGUCGCUCCCGCUUACCUCGACACUGGCUACUGGUUGUCCUGGGAACAUGUCUACCACUAUGAGGUGUGUCCUCGUCUCCGGAAAUGCCGAGGUCAUAACUACGUGGAGCCAAAACCGCCGCCGCCGCCACCGCAUCCGCAUGUUAUGAUCCCCUAUGCCUCAGUUUCGGUGUUCGUCUUGGUCAAGUGUACAUGUCUGGUUCACCACCCCCACCCCCCCCCACCGACACGCAGGGCACCUGGUCAGUCAGUCCCCCAUGUGGGUUGA